AUGGCGCCGGACGCGAAGCGCGUGAAGGCCGGAGGCAGCGUGACGCUGGAGACGCUCCAGGCAAGAUUGCAGGCCACUGACGUGCUUGCCAAAAAACCGGAAAGUCUCAGCACUUUCAUCUGCACCCACCACGGAACUUUCCACGCUGAUGAGGUAAUGGCUUGCGCCAUGCUGAAGUGCCUCGAGGACUACAGUGCUUUGCCGGUCCUCCGCUCCCGAGACGCCGAGGAGAUCGACCAGGCCACGAUCGUCGUGGAUGUCGGGGGCACCUAUGAGCCGGACAAGAAGCGCUUCGACCACCACCAAAGGACGUUUACGGAGACCUACUCCGAGGCCUACACGGGCAUCAAGCUCUCCAGCGCGGGCCUAGUCUUCAAGCACUUCGGUGACCGGGUCGUGGAAUCCUUGUGCGGGGAGCUUGAGGCGAAGCCGAAGGCUGCCAUCAUCGCCAAGACCUACGACACGCUGAUCCGCGAGCUCGACGCUCUGGACAACGGAGUCCAGGUGGCGGACGAGCCGCGCUACCGCUUCGUGACGCACCUCGGUGCCCGCAUCGGUCGCCUGAAUCCCAGCUGGCAGGACGAGAGCUCACCAGAGGCAGAGAACUCGCGGUUCAAGGAGGCGCUUCUUGUCGCCGCCAAGGAGCUUUGCGACAUCGUCUGCGGCUACGCCACCCAUUGGCUGCCAGCACGCACGCUGGUGGACGAGGCCCUGUCCAGCCGCCGCUCUGUGCACGACUCCGGGGAGAUCAUGCAGCUGUCGCGGUUCUGCCCGUGGCAAGACCACCUCUUUGACCUCGAGGAAGAGGAGGAGGCCCACCGUACGCCCUUGGUCAAGUACGUCCUGUUCCAGGACAGCCGAGGAAGUUGGCGAGUGCAGGCGGCGCCAGCCGCCCGUGGCAGCUUCGACCUCAGGCUUCGUUUGCCGGCUGCAUGGUGUGGUGUACGUGACGACGAGCUCAGCAAGGUGUCCGGUAUCGAAGGCUGUAUCUUCGUCCACGCCAACGGCUUCAUCGGCGGAAAUGCGACUGAGAAAGGCGCCCGAGAAAUGGCCACGAAGGCUCUGAGUGCCUGA